AUGGCCAUUGCCAUCGCACCCAUCGUUGUCGGCCCUCGCCAAAAGCAGAGAACAAAGGCCACCAAAACACUCCCCCAGUCCCUAAUUGACACAACGAAAAAUGUCCCUAGAGCCCAGCGUUUCGACCCCGACACACAUCUCAACUUCGUAAACCCAGAGAAGAUCUAUAGCAUGAAAGAAAUUGGCCGUGAAGGCGCAGGCAUAUCACCUAUUGCCCUCACCACUCCCUUUUCCUUGUUUACCCCCGAGGCUAUUGAGCAGAUACGAGCAGAGCUGUUCACGCCAGAGAUUCUGGAAAAUCAUCAUGUUAUGUCUGAUUUUGCGUCGAAUAUGCUCAGGGGUUAUGGUGCAAGGAAUGCGCCAUUCAUCCAUUCCAUUUGGAACAAUCCCAAAGUCCUCGAAAUUGUCUCCAAACUCGCGGGUAUAGAGCUUAUCCCUAUCUUUGAAUACGAGACAGGUCAUACCAACGUCUCCAUUGACGACAGCACUUCUAUAGUCAAGAUGGGGGAGGAUGAAGACGAAACUGCAUUUGCAUGGCACUACGACAGCGUCCCUUUCGUCUGCGUUACAAUGUUAUCUGAUUGCACUGGCAUGGUGGGUGGUGAAACCGCCGUUCGAUUGGGUGAGGAUCAGGUAAUGAAAGUCCGUGGACCAACGCAGGGCUGCGCCGUCCUAAUGCAAGGCCGCUACAUCGAACACCAAGCCCUCAAAGCACGCGGCGGCACAGAGCGAAUCGCAAUGAUAGCAUCCUUCCGCCCCAAGUCUGCUUUCGUCAAGGACGAGACGAUUCUCGUUGGUAUGAGGCCUAUCAGUCAUCUUCCGGAGCUGUAUAUGCAGUAUAGUGAGUAUAGGCUCGAAAUCCUCGAGGAGCGGAUAAGGGAGCAGCUCAAAAAGGUGAGAGAGCGGAAGAGGGCGUUGUUGGAGUUUGAUACGAAGGGGAUGAAGGAGUUUUUGAAGGAGCAGAGGGAGUAUGUUGAUACGACAAUUGGGGAGAUGGUUGAGUUGAAUGAUCUAGCCAUGUAA